GAGCGGACAGCCGGCUCCGCACAGUGACUGACAGACAGAAGAAGCCUCGCUCGGGUUGGACAGCUAACGGGAUACGCUCUGUCAGAAUAAAAGAAACAAAAACAACCGAGCACUUCUCCUCGCCUUCUCGGUACCGGCUGGGCUGAAAUGACUCAAAACCGUUAGACGACACUGGCUGAAGUUGUGCGCGAGGACUAAUUUGACGUCCACAAACGGGUUUCAAAUUCUACAUUUGGCAGCCUCUGAGGGAAUAAACAGAAUAACCAUUGACCAGAGAGGCUGGUGUCACCAAUUUCAUGGCAGCCGGUGGGGAUGGGAGAUGAUGGAGGACAAAGGCCCUCGUGUAGCCGACUACUUUGUGGUGGCCGGUCUGACGGACCCGUCCAAGCCGUUGGACCAGGAGAUCCACUUUGAUGAUGCCUGCCACAAGACGGCAAAGCCCAAGGCGCCAAUCACUGAUGUGGCCGUGGUGAUCCGUUCUAUGGGCGAGGAGACGCCGCCAGGGUUCACGUGUAUAGAGGAAACGCCAACCGGCCAUUCAGCUGAUCUAAACAAUGGUGGCCUCAUGGCACCACAGAUCUUCCUGUGCUACAGGCGAGGCCGUGACAAACCACCUCUCACUGACCUGGGCGUUCUGUAUGAGUGGAAGGAACGACUGAAGCAGGGCUGCCACCUCAUCCAGACCACUCCCUCUGGACGUCCAGCCAACAUCAGCGGGAAUUCCUCCCAGAGAAUCUAUGUCACGUACCGCCGGGCGCCAGAGAGCCAACCCCACACCGCGCUGGCUCUCACCGACAUCUGCAUCAUCAUCCCGAGCAAGGGAGAGACGCCGCCGCACACCUUCUGCAAGGUGGAGAAGAACCUCAACAGCAGCAUGUGGGGCUCCUCUGUCUACCUGUGUUAUAAGAAGUCUGUGGCCAAAACCAACACAAUUGCCUACAAAGCAGGUUUAUUCAGCAGAUAUCCAGAGGAGGAUUAUGAGUCAUUCCCCCUGCCUGAGUCGGUCCCUCUCUUCUGCCUUCCCAUGGGAGCAACAAUUGAGUGCUGGCCAGCAAACACCAAAUACUCCCUCCCUGUUUUUUCCACCUUCGUUCUCACCGGAGCCUCAGGAGAGAAGGUGUAUGGUGCUGCCAUUCAGUUCUAUGAGCCUUACCCACAGGAGUGUCUGACUGAUCAGCAGUGUGCCCAGCUGGGUCUCCUGAGCCCGGAUCCAAACAAACCAUCAGCCUCCAAAACCACACCAUCAUCCAAUAACAACACCACUAACAGCCCCACUAUUCCGCGCUCCGUUUACACCAAUAAGUGCAUCUGUUUGCUCUCCCAUUGGCCCUUCUUUGACGCUUUCCGCAAGUUUCUCACAUUCCUCUACCGCUACUCCAUCUCAGGCCCUCACGCCCAGCCUAUUGAGAAGCACAUCUCUCAUUUUAUGCACAAAGUUCCCUUCCCUUCCUCCCAGCGGCCUCGCAUCCUGGUUCAGCUUUCCCCUCAUGAUAGCUUGAUGCUGAGCCAACCGGUGUCUUCUCCUCUACCGCUCAGUGGUGGCAGAUUUUCCACGCUGCUUCAAAACCUUGGACCAGAAAACGCUGUCACCCUGCUGGUGUUUGCAGUAACUGAACAUAAAAUCCUGGUCCACUCGUUACGACCCGCGGUGCUGACCAGCGUCACGGAAGCCCUUGUGUCUAUGAUUUUUCCGUUCCACUGGCCGUGCCCGUAUAUCCCUCUGUGCCCACUGGCGUUAGCUGACGUGCUGAGCGCCCCCUGUCCAUUCAUUGUAGGAGUGGAUUCCCGCUAUUUUGACCUCUAUGAUCCUCCACCUGAUGUGAGCUGCGUGGACCUGGACACAAACACCAUCUUCCACAAUGAAGAUAAGCGAGCCCUGACAUGGAAGAUCCUGCCAAAGAAAGCCUGUAAAAACCUCAUGAAUGUGCUGAGCAAUCUCUACCAGCAACUGGUGGAUGGUCAGUACCGGCCUGAUGGGCUGCUAGAGCUGAGCAUGAGUGACACAUCAGAGCUGAGCUGUGGAAAAAGCCUCCACACAUUGGAGCUGGAGAUCCAAGAGGCCUUUCUGCGCUUCAUGGCAGCCAUUUUGAAAGGAUACCGAUCCUUCCUGCGACCCAUCACCCAGGCACCCUCAGAGAAAGCCACAGAUGCCAGCUCACUUUUUGACUUGCAAGGGUUCUUGAAGAGCCGCGACCGCUCUCACCAGAAGUUCUACUCACUGAUGACCAAAACUCAGAUGUUCAUCCGCUUUAUUGAGGAGUGCUCUUUUGUCAGCGAUAAAGACGCCAGCUUGGCCUUCUUCGAUGACUGUGUGGACAAGCUUUACAAUUCAGAACGGAGUGCAGACAAAGCAAGCAAGGUGGACGCUGACAAGCCGGAGGAGGCCCGGCUGAUAGAGAUUGAUGAAUCCCAGCGCAGCGAGCACACAGUCUUCAUCACACCUCCAGAGCUGCCUCCUCUGCCCGAUGGGGAGGAAUAUCCUCUCUGCUACAGGUAUGAUGGUUUCCCAGUGUUGAGCCUUGACCUGUUCGACCCUGUGGAGGGCCUGCGGACCCCCUCCUCCCGCCUCGCUGCCAGGCACAGCUGUCCCACCAGCCCUGCCCCCAUGUUUAGACGUACCAAACAGGAGAUAAAAUCAGCUCAGAAGAUAGCCAAGAAGUACUCAUCGAUCCCUCAGCUGUGGUCCAAAUGUCUGCUCCGUCACUGCUAUGGCCUGUGGUUCAUCUGCCUGCCAGCGUAUGUAAAGGUGUGCCACUCCAAGGUGCGGGCGCUUCGCACCGCCUAUGACGUUCUCAGAAAGAUGCAGGCAAAGAAACUACAGCCCCCUGAUGAGGUCUGCUACCGUGUGCUGAUGCAGCUGUGUGGACAGUAUGGUCAACCUGUGCUGGCAGUCAGGGUCCUGUUUGAGAUGAAGAAGGCCGGAGUUCACCCCAAUGCCAUCACUUAUGGCUACUACAACAAGGCAGUUUUGGAGAGUACGUGGCCCUCAAGCACCAGAGGAGGAUACUUUCUGUGGAUGAAGCUAAGAAAUGUUGUCCUAGGCGUGGCACAGUUCAAACGGGCGCUUCGACGGCAUGCUCCCCUCACUCAAAGCCCACUCUCAGAUGGCAGUGACCUGGACGCUGUGAGUCACGGCAGCCUGGAUAGCUCUGCCGACACUAACCUGGCCGAGCAGGGCCCCUUCGCUGCUGACUCCGCCAAAGUUUACCCUACUGAUGAUAGAUCUAGCACAGGUGAUCAGUCAGAUUUGGGUUAUAACUCGCUGUCCAAAGAGGAGGUUCGGAGAGGAGACCCCAGUGCCCCUGACUCGGCCCCUGACAAAGAAGACAAGAAGGAGAGCGACUGCAGCUCCUUGUCAGAGACGGAGAGCAGCAAGGGAAGCAAAGACUGCCUCCCUCAGCUGGACGUAGAAGUCCAGUCCUCCUUCAAGCCCAGAGGAAUCGUUCGCAGCAGUUGUGCAUUUGACGAUUCAUCGGGUAAACCCAAGAGCUCCGCCAGCGCAGGCCAUGUCGCAGGUCUCCUCUUCACAUCCUCUCUGGAUGAGAUCGGUGAAGUCCAGUCCAACAGUUUGCUCAGGAGACAUAAGAGUGCACUGGAGGAGGUGGUUGGCAGCUCUGGUGGCGGUUCAGCUCUUGAUUGGCAGGGUGUGAGAGCUCGCCGGCUGAGUGGUGAUACUGUGGGCAGCAGCGGCAGUGGCACAACUGUCCUCGGUCUGGGUAUGAGCCAGGGGGAAACUGACCCAGAAAAGAUAGCUGGACACCUGGGGGCUGAUGUUAAAAUUCUCUCUGGGGCAAACUUCAGUAAGAAAAUGAGGCCUCGAUCGCUAGUUUUAGGUGGGUCGGAGGUUGCUGCUGCUGCUAAGAUUGGUGUGACCAGGUGUCAUGACCACAUGGAGGAGGAAGAGGAGACAGAGGGCCCAGACUCCAGUGAUGAGGACAGAAGUAAUACAGAUGCCAUUUUUGAUUUUGAAGAUCUGGACUUAGACAAACCGGCUGCAAAAGGAGGCAUCGGCUCUAAAAAGUCUCAUAAAAAGCCUGUUGGACGCAGCGCCAGUUAUGGAGGCAUAAGCACUGAGGUGUCCAGAGGUGUUGUUAAACGCACAGACAUCAAAACAGGCUACGAUCCUUUGUCACUUCUGGUGGCAGAGUCCCAGUCUGAGCAGCAGAAUGAGGAUCAGGACCCAGAAAGUGAUGAAGUCAGCACGCCGAGCGCCCGUCGGCACCUCGCCAGGGAGAUCGAGCUCUACAUGAACCACAUGGGCAGCCCGCUGAGCAGCCGAACUCCCAGUUUGGACCUACAGGACCCUUCUAGCCCCACCCUUCUCCAUUCCACCUCCCUCUCUGCCCCCCGAAGAGCCAGCCUGCCCCACAGUUCCCCCCUCAGGACUGUGGGAGUACCGCGCUCCCGCACUUUCCAUCCGCCAUCCCCCUCAGAGGCCAUCUCACGUGGACGUCUGUGGUCGUCGCCUCCCCGCCGCAGCUCCAGCACCACUCCAAGCCCCAGCCCUCGACCUAGCCCAUAUAGGGAGAGGGCGGACAGGAUGAGCCUGGCCUCCCCUUCACCCUCCUCCUCCUCAUUCGCUCUUGACACACUUCUCACGCCAACACUCGACGUGUUUAAGACCAGUGUGGUGUCUGCUGGAAAGGGCGUGGCAGAGAAGGCAAGCCGCUGGUAUUCUCGUCUCGCUACGUACACCACGCCCACUAAGGAGGGUCUUAGUGAUCGCUUGAGUGUCUCCUCCUUCGGUGCUGCUGACCCAGACUGCUCCUCCAUGCUGGACGAGGAGGACUGUGGUGAGUCAGGGAGCUCUGUGGUUUCUCCUCAGAGAAACGGCCCGGUUGGACCUCGUAAGAGCCCUAGACGAAGCCCCUUCCGCAGCAGACUGGACAGCCCCACAGCAGGCUCAAACCGGGGGAGACCCACAUCACUGCUUCCUGGAUGUACCCUCUCACCUCCUGGUUUCCCUUUGCCAGACAAGUCAGAGCUUGGUUCUUCGCGCUACACCAGCAACACCAGCAUCUUUAACAACUACGCCAUGGAGCUGCUGAUCUCCAGCUGCUCCCGCUGUAAGACGUGUGACUGUCUGGUGUACGACGAGGAGAUUAUGGCCGGCUGGACUGCCGACGACUCCAACCUGAACACCACCUGUCCCUUCUGUGGAAACCCGUUCCUGCCCUUCCUUAAUGUGGAGAUCAGGGACAUGAGAGGGCCCGGCAGGCUUUUCCUGAAGGGCAGCCCAUCAGUGGAUGAGGCAAUGACAUCCUCAUACUCAGCAUCCACAGGUCUUGACACUGGGACAUCCACCUUAUCGACCCCCUGUCCUACGACAGCUGUGUCCCCUCCCUCCCCUGUCCAGGAGUGCUCUGGCUCUGGAAGGAUUCGAUUAACCGGAGCUCAAGGCAUCAAUAUUCCCACAGACCGCCGGCAGGGGGCGCUGUCCUCUGGAGGGCCCAUGGCUCGUAGCGUCAGCGCCUUUGGUCCUAUGGAGGAAACAACUCGACCCAGACGCUGUGUGCCAACGUCAGGCAGCCUGCCCAGCCGUCUCAGUGAAACCCCAGACCCUCUGAGCAUGGAGUGGCGCCUCCACAACCCAGAGCCUGUCACGGUUCCCUACCUGAGCCCUCUGGUUCUGUGGAAGGAGCUGGAGAGUCUGCUGGAGAACGAGGGUGACCCAGUGAUCACGGAGGCCGACAUGGUGGACCAUCACCCAAUCAUCUACUGGAACUUGGUGUGGUACUUCAGACGACUGGACCUGCCAAGCAACCUGCCGGGUCUGAUCCUGACCUCUGAUCACUGCAACAGAGACUCCCAGAUCCCUCGUCACUGGAUGUCUGAGGACAGCAAACACGUGUUGAUCCAGAUCUUGUGGGACAACCUGAAGCUGCACCAGGACGCCAUCCAGCCUCUCUACAUCCUGUGGAACACUUACAAUGUGGGUUACCCUCUGUCCCGGCCGGUCCCAGAGGAGGAGAGGCCGUUUAGUGAGGAGUUACUACAGGGUGUGGUGAGAAGCAUCCAGAGGAACGAUGUCAGUCGUCCGAUGUCUCAGCUGCUGCAGCUGCUGGGGCAGACGCUCGGAGUCAAGAGGCAGAGGAGUUUGUACCGGGACAUCCUCUUCCUCUCUCUGGUGGCUCUGGGAAAAGACAACAUUGAUAUUGACGCCUUCGAUCGUGAGUACAAGCUGGCUUACGAUCGCCUUGUGCCCAGCCUGGUGAAGCUGACCCAUAACUGUGACCGUCCUCCAAGCACGGGGGUGAUGGAGUGCCGCCGGACGUUUGGAGAGCCUUACCUGUAAAAAUCUCACCUUCACUCACACACAGUAGGAUUUAAACCUUUGCCACACACAUCAUCGCUUUAAGAUGAGCUCAGGAAACCUUUGGGAGGGAGGACUGUGAAUGUGCACUACGGGAACGAACAAGAAACUUUUAAUGAUUAAAACGGUACAGCGAUCAGCAAUUAUGUAGCCUGAAACUAGACAAAGGGAGGAUUUUAGAGACUUCGUAUGAACUGACAGUCAAUGGAAACAUGCCCAAACGCUCAUAAACACGACUUCAUCCAGCGCUGUUUCAUACGGCUUCAAUCCUGUGAAGAUGAUAUAAAUACCCUGUAAAUACACUACAGUAGAGGAUUUUUUUAAUGCCACAUUUAUAUUGUCAUACAGCAUAUGAAGACUAAUAUUAGCAAUAUUUUAACUUGAAAUAUUUAUACAUAGCAAGCUUUAUUUAUUGUUGUGUCUUCUGUUUGUCAGGUGUGGUCUUUGUGUCCUGUGGUCAUUUUUAAUCCUGUGUGAUGGGGGGCGUGUUCUGAUAAAUGAGGAUAUUGUUUUGUUAUCUGGUUUUAUUAUGUCUCGGUAACCCUGAUAUUUCUAAACUAUCCAUGAGUUUUUGACCAACAUGCUCAGUGGAAUCUUCUGCCAGUAGAGCGGCAUAUUUCAGCGACUAGGGAAAAAAUGUGGGAAAUAUGAAAAUGGUUAUCAAAAAUGGCUGUCAAAAGGAACAGUCUUUCUAAUUACACAUCACACCCUAUUUGUGAGCAACCACACCACGCUAAGGCUGGCUUCUUCCUUCUUUACCUAGGCCCAGGACAUGUACCUGCAUGAGUGUGGUAGGGAGUCUAACACCAGUAAAGAAACUGGAAUUUCAUGGUCAUGGUCAGAUGUACUCAAGAUUCCCUGGUGGUAAUCACUAGACCAUCCUGUGAUAAAAAAUAGGAAAUGAGAUUUUAACAUCUUGUAAUUUCUUGCUGAGGAAAAUUCCUUAAAACAAACACUUAUAUUUUAACUGUGUUGUUUUUUUGUCGUCCAUUUUUAAGCCAACAAGAUAAACUGUUAUAUUUUUGUUUCUCAUGCCCUCAUCUAACAGGUCGGGCUUUAAUUUGUUGUCUGAUCCUAACAUAAGCAUAUGUUCACCUUAACUGAAGGGUAAAAACGCAUCUAUAGUGCUCAUGAGUUACUUUUUUUGUUCAGGAGGCUGAUAGGAUUUUGUGAAUAAUAAGAUUUUAUGAUUGUCAUUUCUUUGUUUUUACCUGAAGUCACUGAGAUUUUCAGUUAAUUUUAUUUUACAAAUAUCACCACAUUAAACAUCCUGUUGUAUCGUUUUACACCAUGAAUGAAAUUCAAUCACAGCUUUAUCUCAACCAGAACACUUUUGAACCAAAAAUAGACCUGAUAAGUGCUUACAUGACGUAGUAAUGAUCUAAUACAGCUGCUUAAGAGGCACCAGUCAUUUCAGCAGACUUCAAAAUAACGGUUGUGAUCCUUAUCCCGGUGUUGAUCAUAUUAGGGUCAGGAUAUGGUGUUUUCAGACACACAGAGAAACUUAAUUAUUCACAUCACUGUAGAUGUGGCUUGUCUAGCAAUUACAACAGACAGACUCUCAUCUAGAGCCAGUUAUGCAGACAGCACACCGAGAUAUGUGACUCUCUGCUCAGCUCUACCAGUGUCCACUACAAACAGUUAGAUAUUCAUGGCUUAGCUGGGUGGUAUCAUCUGCUGCUGGCUCGAGCCAGACAGAUACUGGCUGGUGGUUUCAGGCUCAGGUGGCUCAUUCUGCCGUCUGUUUGAACUUCUAAUUAUAUCCACUGCUUUCAUUACAAAAAGACAAAACUCUUAGUCACUCCAGAAGUGAGAUCCGCUCAUUGGUGCAGCAGUGUGAGUUUUACUGAUGCAUCACUUGGCUGAGGCUGUAUCAGCACCUGUAGUCGACAGCUGUCAGAUGGCAUUGUUAAAGGGAUAUUUCUGUAUUUUUGAAGUUGGGUCAUAUGAGGUAUUUGACGAUGCAGUGGCAUCAGCUUCCAGAGAUUUCAGUUCUAAAGGCAUUGCCUUUUCAAGAAGACUCACUGGUACUGACAUGGAAGCUAGGCUAUACAGUGCUACAGACCGGUAUAGUUCCUCUGCUGUAUUUAGGAAGUUUAAAGUUAAAAAAAGAAAUGGGCCAAAUGAAACAACAUUUGCACAAUUGUAAGCUAUAUCCAGCAUUUUCAAGGGUCUUAUUUUUCACCUGGAAAACCUCUGUGUUUGGUACUAUUUUGCAGUGAAAGCUGGGGCUACCAGCUACAUGCUCUUCCACCUCAGCUGUUUGGGUUGGCUAGCUUCAUCUGAGUAAACAACAAGUAACUACGCUAAAACAACACCAAAAUGAGCAAUUUUGACUCAAGUGAGACACAGUACUCUGGGUGGUGUAGACUGGCUAGCAGGAGAAAUCCAAGUUACCUGGUGGAGUAGGUGUGAAAACUGUGAGCUCAUUUCUGUGAACACGGAGUUACUGUUGUUAGGCCUUAACAACAUUUCUUUAGGACAUUUCUGAUCCAGGAUAGUGGCUCACAUGUGUCUGCAGCCUGCAUCACUCUCCAUCCAGAGUUCCCCGCCUUACUGAACACCUGUGUUUUACAACCUUCUUUAACUUCCUGGAGAUAAAUUGGAGAAAACCUCCCCGAACAGAAGAGCUGGAUUCAAAUUUGCUAUCCAGUUAAGUUUAUGGCUGUGGCUUUAUUCUUCUAAUGAAUUAGAUGAGCUUAAUUAGACUUGUCUAGAAAAUGGAAAAAAUGACAAUUACAAAAGCUACAGUUAGCCCGAUACUUUAUGUAAAAAAAGCAUGCCAGAUGUUGAAGUGGAAAACUGAGCUGAAAUAACUAGUUUUAAUUUACUUGUUGUGCCUUCUGACUGAGCUUGCAGACCCAGACAGCUGAAUAGAGACUGGGGCUUGCAUUGCAAAAUAGUGCCAAACACAGAGGCUUCCUGGGUGAAAAAUAAAAUGCUCCAAAAAUUUUGAUAUACUGUGCAUUUUAGCCAGCAUUGCUUUUUGGUCAUUUUCCUUCAUAAACUUGCUAAAUCAUGUGGAGAAGCUCUAGCUUUCUGCAGUGCUGUUUAGCCUUCCUUCCCCAAGUGAGUCAAGCCUGUAGGAGCAGUAUUUACUGAAAUACGUACCUUAUACGUGCCAACUUGAAAAGCUGGCACGUAUAAGGUAGCUGGACGACUGUCCUCAUCCUAGUAUACAAGCAACAGAGGAAAAUCUGUUGAACUGAAUUAUGUUCGACUCUGCUGUGGUAUUUAGCAUUAUGCCCCCUUUCACUUAUCUACCAGACCUAGUUCUGGUUGACUUUGCUUACAAGUUAGCAAGCAGCUGACUGUCUGUAUGUCAGUGGUAAAGAUAUGAAUAUUUUUGCAGCUCUGAACAUCUGAAACAUGCCCUAAAACGGUACAAGAUUCUGGAGGGGAAAAAAAAUCAUGUGAUAUCAUAGAUUUUAAAAAAGACUCUUAUUUUGGUGGGAAAAGACCUUGUAAAUGUCUGACAUAAUGACUGUCUUUAAGUGUAUUUUAUCAAACCGUGGUUGAAGGAGGGCCCUUGAGUCUGAGUCUGGGUCUCAUGAACGUCAACCAUUUGUUUGAUUCACAGCAGAGAGACAACAAAGUAUAAAACAACAGGUUUUAUUCUGAAAAGUAAACAGAGUUUCCAGUGAAGGAUGAAUUGACUCGAUAUGAGCAGCUGAAACCGGCUGUGAUCAAUCUGUGGAUUUUCUUGUUUAAUAGUUGUAUAAAUGAAUGAUUUUUUCAGACUCUGGGGCCAUGUACAUUUGAACUGCCCUUUGUAGAAAUCACAUUUUAUAACAGUUUAUGUGUAAAGACCCUUUUUAGAUGUGCUGGAGGUUUGUGCCGUGAACAGAUCUGCAGGACUGUAAAACUGUAAAUAAAAUCACUCACUCUCUCA